CGGACGCACAGUCGCUGGGCCUGGCUUUUCCGAGGCGUACGGAAGAGCGCUGUCGCUCCUCCUAUGACGCGAAAACAACUACGACUUUAAGGAUCGGGAGACGUGAAGGACUGAAGGACGCAGUCUCUGGCCGUGUAUUUUGGCAGUUGGACGGAGAAUGGAAACUGAAAGUGGAAAUCAAGAAAAGGCACUGGAAGAGGAAAGCACUGAAAAGAAAAAAGAAGUAGAAAAAAAGAAAAGGUCUCGGGUAAAACAGGUGCUUGCAGAUAUUGCAAAGCAGGUGGACUUCUGGUUUGGAGAUGCAAAUCUUCACAAGGAUAGAUUUCUUCGAGAGCAGAUAGAAAAAUCUAGAGAUGGAUAUGUUGAUAUAUCACUUCUCGUGUCAUUCAACAAAAUGAAAAAAUUGACCACUGAUGGAAAGUUAAUAGCCAGAGCACUGAAAAAUUCAGCUGUUGUAGAGCUGGAUUUAGAAGGCACCAGAAUCAGGAGGAAGAAGCCUCUGGGUGAGAGACCAAAGGAUGAGGAUGAGCGGACUGUGUAUGUGGAGUUACUUCCCAAAAAUGUUAAUCACAGCUGGAUUGAAAGAGUAUUUGGGAAAUGUGGCAAUGUUGUUUAUAUAAGUAUACCACAUUAUAAGUCUACUGGAGAUCCAAAGGGAUUUGCCUUUGUGGAAUUUGAAACAAAAGAACAAGCAGCAAAAGCUAUUGAGUUUCUUAAUAACCCACCAGAGGAAGCACCAAGGAAACCUGGUAUAUUUCCCAAGACAGUGAAAAACAAGCCCAUUCCUGCCCUUAGAGUAGCUGAAGAAAAGAAAAAGAAAAAGAAGAAGAAAGGCCGAAUGAAGAAAGAAGACAGUAUCCAGACCAAAGAGUCAAAUAUGGACACAAGCAAGGAAAGUGUCUGUAAAAAAAGAUCGAGGACCACAUCUGAGGGCUCUGAAGUAGAGGUUACUGAACCCCAAAAGCCUCCCACAAAGAAGAAGAAAAAACGAGAAAGAACUGAAGUAUCCAGCUUACCUUUAGGCAAAACAGGGAAGAGAAAGAGAAGUAGCUCUGAAGAUGCAGAUUACCUAAUUCCCAAAUCAAAACUUAAAAAAGUGGCUCAGAAAGACAACAUUAAAAAAGAAGCUUCAGAAGUUUGUAAAGAAAACAAAGAAUUAGAAGUCUCUACUGAAGAGGAAAAAGACACUGGAGAUAUAAAAGAUGGAUCCCUCUUGAAAGCAAAAAGAAAGCAUAAGAAAAAACAUAAAGAGAGGCAUAAAAUGGGAGAAGAGGUUAUACCAUUACGAGUACUAUCAAAAACCGAAUGGCUGGAUUUGAAAAAAGAGUAUUUAGCACUGCAGAAAGCUAGCAUGGCUUCUUUAAAAAAAACAAUAUCCCAAAUAAAAUCAGAGUCAGAAAUGGAAACAAACCUUGGAGUACCUACUAAGUCCGAAAUGAAAAGUGAAAAAACAGACAGUGAAGAGGGUGGUCCCCAGGAGAAGGUUAAUGCAGCAGGACCACAGUUUGUGAGUGGUGUGAUUGUGAAGAUCAUUAGCACUGAGCCUUUACCUGGCAGGAAACAAGUCAGGGAUACUUUGGCAGCAAUCUCAGAAGUUGUCUAUGUUGAUUUGCUGGAAGGAGAUACAGAAUGCCAUGCUAGAUUUAAAACUCCUGAGGAUGCUCAAGCAGUAAUAAAUGCAUAUACGGAAAUUAAAAAGAAACACUGCUGGAAACUAGAGAUUCUUUCUGGUGACCAUGAACAGAGAUAUUGGCAGAAGAUUUGGUAGAUAGGCAGGCCAAACUUAAUCAGCCUCGUGAAAAGAAAAGAGGGCACUGAGAAGUUAAUCACUAAAGCCGAAAAGAUCAGACUCGAAAAGACUCAACAAGCAAGUAAACACAUUUAGAUUUUCUGAAUAUGAUUGAAAAAACAUUUUUGGUUCACCUCUUAAGAAAGAUUUCACUGGAUGCUAGAGCUAUUCUUAGGGAAUUCUUUUUUUUUUUUUUUAACGGUCGUAAUGUGUAAUGAAUGUUUUUCUAAAACCUACAUUUAAUUAAAAGAAAUAGUUUUGUUCUUUAACUUGUAAAGAAGACUUUUGUCCAGAGACAAUUACACUGUAUACCACAGUUUUUUCAUUAAACAUUGUAUUUGUUGAAAUUAUCUGAUAUAAAUCAACCUCAAAGUGAUUUAGAAAAUAAAUGUGUUUUGAACAUUAUCUUUUUUCCCAAACAUUAUCAUUAAUUUUGCUGUUUUGUAUUUACAAAAACAAUAACUUUUGCAAAAAUAAUACUACUACAUAAAUAAAUAGUUUAGGAAAAAAUGUUUAACAGAGAACUCUCACUGUACUUAUUAUUUUGUAGCUUGCUUUUUCCAUUUGAAACAUCUUAAAUACUUUUUCAUGUUGAUUUAUGCAGAGACGUAUGUGUGAUAUUUCAUUCUGCUUAUUGCACUUUGCCUAUCUGAGCUUCCACUGAACAGACCAUAUGAACUGUUUCCAGUUAAAAUGUUAAGUGAGUUU